UCAGUUAACACCCGACUUAUUUCAAUGGAAAUUGUCUCUCAAAAUUCAAAAAUCUGGAAGCAGAAAUUUUGGGUCACUUCAGAAAGUGCAAAAGGGCUCUCAGCUUGACACCUGGCUUUGCUCCGGCUGUGUAACUCUGGGACCUCCUGAAAUGCGCUCCCCCCACCCAACCUAACCCCAAAAACGAAUGUCCUCAAGGAACCUGCUGUGGCUCGCAUCUCCCCCCACCCCUCCACACUCCAGCUGCAGAUCCCCUGUUUAAAAAGACACAUUAGGUUUCUGCCUUGAAGGAGGGAGGAAUAAUGAGGGCUCUUUUAUUGCAUUUCUGGCUCCUGAUGGUGGUGGCUUCUGCGAAGAGAGAGAGGCCCAUUUCUUCCCCUUCCGCCCAUAAACUCCAGCCAACGGGGAGGGCGGCCUGGCACUCCGCCACCAGAACUGGCAAGGAAUGUAGCUUAGGGAAGAAGACGGCGGGGGGAGUAAAAACUAAGGGGGGAAAACAGAAACACACUGAGCUCGCUUGGAGCCCGGGCUGCAGGCCCCGCAACUCAGACAAGAUGGAGUGCUGGUAGCGGUGCAUUGGGGGGGUCUGCCCCGCAGGGUCCGUCCUCUCUGGAGCAGGACACAAAUGUUGACCCCCUUCCCCAUCUCCAGAGCUACCUGGAGGAAGGGGGUUGUGGACUGCAGCUGCCCAGGACCACUUGGCAAAAUCUCUCCCCACGAGCAGAGUUGCCUUUAAAAACACAUCUCCAAGAGAAUCCUGUGCGCUGUGACUGGAAAUGCUUACAAUAAAGCUGCCUCAGAUCUUCAGGGUCCACCAAGUACCUCGUAUCUUCUGGGAAGAUGGGAUCAUCUCUGGCUACCGUCACCCCAAAAGCUCUGCCUUGGAUUGCGUCCUCAGCUCUUUUCAGCUGAACAACGAAACCAUCAACAUUUGGACACAUUUUUUGCCAACGUGGUAUUUUCUGUGGCGCUUCCUGAUGCUCUCCUACAGCCUGGACUUCUGGCGCGACACCUACAGCUGGCCUUUCCUGGCCUACAUGGUGCUGGUGUGCCUCUACCCCUUCACCUCCAGCUGUGCCCACACGUUCAGCACCAUGUCCACCCAUGCCAGGCACAUCUGCUACUUCUUGGACUACGGAGCGCUCAGCCUCUACAGUUUGGAGGUUGCGCAAGUUUCUUCUCUGUUUAUUAUAGGCUGCGCUAUCACAUACGGAGCCUACGCAAUGCCUGACGUCUGGGUAGACGGCCCUUUGCACCACUGCUUUGUCCCCCUGGCGGCCCUGAAUUCCUUUAUCUGCACCAGCCUGUCUUGUUACUCCCGAUUCCUGGAACUGGAGUGUCCUUCUUUGUGCAAGAUCUUGAGGACUGCAGCCUUCGCUUACCCUUUCCUCUUCGACAACAUUCCAUUGUUCUACAGGCUUUUGUUCUGCUUUGGUGAAGACUGCGCCUGGAAUGACUCCGUCCCUGGUUACUUCUACCACCUUCUUUUCGCAGCCCUCACCGGCUUCCUCUUCGCUUCCCACCUGCCAGAGCGCCUGGCCCCUGGGCGCUUCGAUUACAUUGGACACAGCCACCAGCUCUUCCACAUCUGCGCUGUCGUGGGCACCCAUUUCCAACUGGAAUCUGUUUUAUGGGACUUGCAUUCGCGCCGGGCCUGGCUGAGUGCUCAUGCCCCAGCGGCCACCUUCACCCAGACUUUUGCCAUCCUCGGAGCUGCCCUCCUGGGCAACCUCGCACUCGUGGCUGCCUUCACCAUGGCCCUCCUCCGGUCCUCCGGCACGACACUGAUUUUGCAGAGCAAUGUCCCCGAGGUGGAGCGGCCCAAGGAGCAGUGAUGGAGCCCUCUCUGGCGGUGCUCUGUGGCUUUGGUUUCUCUGAGGGACCUUCGUUCCACCUCGCUCGGGCGGCAACUCCUUUGGGAGCCCCUGGGGUGAGCGUUUUCUCCACUGUCGCACUUUAUACCUCAGUGUUCUGUGUUCCGGAGGAAUGUGGCGCCUGCGUCAGAAGGGGGGGGGGGGACCCUUUGAAUGUUCCUCCUAGGUUUGAGCACUUUAAACAUUUGGUUGGGACUCGACUGUUCGUGGGUGUGCAGCGCGGAGACCCACAACUGAAUGCCUCCCCCCACAGUAUGUCAGAGAAGUGGACUUGGGUUUCUGCCGGGACGGCCAUUGCUGGCUCUCUCUCCUCCUACACAGAGCCUGAUUUCCACUUUCCAUUCAGCUCUGCUUCCAGGGGUGCUAAAUUCUAAAUAUCUGGGCACCGCGUCCUUUCUCUUCAUAUUUUCUCCUCAGGAGAGUUGCUGUUGCACUGAGAGUCCCGCUCAUGGGCUUCCUGUUGUGGGCAUCUGGUCGGCCAUUUUGAGAACAGGAUGCUGGGCUAGAAUGGGCCUUCAACCUGAUCCAGCUCCAGGCAUCCUCUGAUGUUCUUACAUAACUCUUGUCUCCAACGAUGGCAAGCAGAUACCUCCAGGGAGAGGGUGAAGGCACCCUGUAUUCUGAGGGAGGCUUCCUCUGAACAUGGAGCCUAGACCUGCUCUGUAUCCAUUUUUCUUUCCCCCUUUUAAACCACCCACACUUCAACACACCUUGGGGCAACAAAUUCCAUCCAUUAAUCCUGCAUCGUACAAGGAAGACCCUCCUUUCUAUUCAUCUACCGCCAACCCAUUUUUCUUGAGGGACUUCCCUCACGCUUCUUGCAUUCUGUCUCAGAUUCUCCAGCUGUGGCUGGGACACAGACUAGAUGAGAAGAUCCCUUCCGAUUCUACGAUCCUGUGAUUCUCAUGUGACACGAGGGUGGAGGCAUCCUCUGUGGGCCAAAACCCCAGAAAGAGAGGACUCUCUCCACACUUGGCGCAAGAGAAUAGCACCGCCCACAAAAGAACUAAGCGUGUGUGCCUUUCUUUUGGAUUGCACAGCUUAUUUGUUGCACGAAAACCCAAAUGGCAUCUCUCCCCACCCCAUGUUGCACUCAUUAAUUGUUAACCAAUUAUUGGGAAGUUCCCCAAUAAUGAAGAGAGGAGAUUCUGAGGGGGUGCAACUACCAUAGUUGGGUGCCAUUGUGAGGGUUCUUUUUACGCAAGAAGGCCCCAGCCUAAAUCCGUUUGCUGUAAGAAAGGAGAGCAACAGCAGGAUGAGAAUUCUCUGUGCCUCCUGUAAACAAGAUUAGACAAAGAAUGGGCUCAGAUUGCAAAAGAUGGUUGGAUGCUGGGACGAUCCAUAAAGGUGCACAACUGCGAUGGAUUAAGCCGGCGGUUCCCAAACAUUUUUGGUCCAUUCCCCCUUGGUUCCAUAAACUCAUCCCCCGAGGGCCCCCCUCAUUAAAAACAUCCUUCGGAAUAGCAGUUUGCACAGCCCACGAAGGAAGUUCAUAACACAAUAAAAAUCAAAGCAGCAGCAGCAGCUAUUAAUUGCAUAUUUAUUCAAAAUCCAGUUGAAACUAUUUAUGUACUGUAGUUCAUUUAAUUCAACAACAACAACAACAAAAUCAUCAUCAUCAUCAUUUAAUUUAUAUCCUGCCCAGCCAUUCUGGGCGGCUUACAGCAUAUAUAAUCAAACAGAAUAAUCAAACAGAAUAUACUAUACAGGCAACAAACAAACCAAUAAAUCAAUAGAAACCAAUAAUAACAACAAUAAUAGCAACUAUAGUAAACAGUUUACAGUUAUACCCAAAUUAAAAUAACUGCCAACCCCAACUAAACAUUUCCAGUGAGACCAGCUUUUCACAGUCUGAUAGUCAUUUACACCUCCAGCACCCUCUGCCACUCGCUUGUUUCUUAGCCCCCCAAGUAAUCCCCCUACCCCACCACCCACAAAGGGGGUGUACCAUCCACUUUGGGAACCAUUGUCUAAGGCACCUGUUUUGCAACUAGUGGGUUGGGAUGACCUACAGACCUAGUUGGGUUGCACUAGCAGCACAAUCAUGAUAACCAGUUGCUGGCAGGGGCUUAUGGGAGUCGUAGUCCAAAACAGCAAGCAGGCAGAAGAUUGAGGGGAAAGCUGCAAUAUACAAAUACUUUUAAAAAUACUAAUAAUUAAGAAGUGGGGUCUCCCAAUGUAUGUCUGGGCUAAAAAUGGGUUCUGGGUCUGAGAAGGUUGGAGACUGCUGAACUCAAAGUAUUGUGGACUCUCCAUCGCUAGAGAUCUUCAAGCGCAAGUUGAGGAAAUAUUUGGCUGAGUGGCGUUGACAUGGACCUGAUUCACGAGGCAAGAUGGGUAGCUGGAUGAGGCCAAGAGCCACUUCCGUUCCUGUCUUUCCAGGCUGCCCAUCAGUAGGGAUGAAAGAUGGAGAUGUUGCCAAGACCAGCAGAAUCUGAAGGCCACAAUGCUUAGCUUGUGGCUGGUCUAGGAUCACGACUAGAGGAAAGUAGUCUCUGCAAACUCAUUCCUUUCACUACAGAAACCCCAAGAUGUCCCAUAUUUUGUAUGAGGAAUGAGAUCCAAACCAAGGAAACCCCAGACUUGCAAAUCUGAGGAUGUAGAAUUGCAGAUCCUUAGCUGUCCUAGCAAGCUUAUAAGGAACACAACCCUGGUGGGACAUUGUGUCUGGACAUUCCCAGACCUGAUAGGAAAUUCUGUCCAGAUGUUCCCAGAAAAAUGAAAGUCCAAAGGAUGUAGUGGGCGAUAUACUUUUGAGCGUUUGAGGCUGUUUUUAGUGUGUUCUUGAAGAGGGUAGAGCCUGGAGAAGGCCGGUGGCUCAUUAGCUGAUGGUGCUAAUUGUUUGACUGUUAAUUAUCAGAGCCGGGUUGGCUGAGAGGCAUGAGGGUCCUGAUAAUGGAGAUGGAGUUUUAAUACGGUUUCCUGGAGGUGUUUUUACGAAGGAUCUAGCGUUGGAGCAUAUAGUUGUGGUAUCCAAUAUGGAAAGUGGGGCCCUGUCUUCACUUAGCUUGUUCCUUGCAUUACACCCAGUUCAACCAACCUGGGCGAUGGACAUUUGCAGGCUGAACUUGAGUGACCGUGAACUGGAUUUUCUAGAUUGAUCAGAAUCAGCAUUUGUGGCUUUGGGCUGGUAGUGGUAGAAAUUGCCCAAAGCCUUCCAUUAUCUACUUUGCUGCUAACUAACAAUUACCGUAUUUUUCGCUCCAUAAGACGCACCAGACCAUAAGACGCACCUAGUUUUUAGAGGAGGAAAACAAGAAAAAAAAAUAUUCUGAAUUCCAGAAGCCAGAACAGCAAGAGGGAUUGCCGCUUUCACUGCGAUCCCUCUUGCUGUUCUGGCUUCUGGGAUAGCUGCACAGCCUGCAUUCACUCCAUAAGACACACACACAUUUCCCCUUCCUAGGAGGGAAAAAGUGUGUCUUAUAGAGCGAAAAAUACGGUAAGUAGCAUGCAAACUCAACAAGCACAGUUUUUGUGGAUCGCAGCAGGCAGGGGUGAAAGCCACAGGAAUAGAGAGAGUUGCUUUUGUGUUCAGGUCCUGUUUGCCAAUUUCCCCACAAGCAUCUGGUUGGCCACUGUGAGAACAGGAUGCUGCACUGAAGGAGCCUGGACUAGAUGAUCCUUGGGGUCCCUUCCGACUCUACAAUUCUAUGAUUCUAUGGCUAGAUGGGCCUGAUCCAGCAAGCUCUUGUUAUGCUCUUAUGUUGCCUUAACAGCAAUGCCACUGCUAAUGGUGUAGAGCAGUUCUGUGGUUGGGAGAGAAGCCAGGCAGAGGAAGAGAUCUCUUUCUAGAACUCUCUGUGCCUCCUUGAGUGAUAAGCAGAGAGCAACUCCUUAAUUGUGAUAAGUGAGGCCUUCUCUUUUAUUCUGUAAAACAAACUACCCAAAUCAGACAGAGAUAAGAGCGCAACCCCGCUCCUCUGGGUUUUAGGACCUCGGAAAGAAAGUUCAUUGAACCCUUGUAAGUUCAAUGGCAAACAAAAAAGGCCAGUAACAGAUUACUCUUGGUCACCUCUCUUUCCCAGCAGCGGCAGAGCAAGCCAAUCGGGCGCCUGGGGUGAGCCGGGGCAGGACGCUCCGCGGGGCCUCCAGAGUCUGUCUGCCUCUUCCCACUCAGCCGCCCUACAGCUGGGGGGCAGGCAGCAGGCAGACCGUUUGGGGCAGCACGGAGCCUGCAGGUGCCCAAGCAACCACAUCACUCCCAGGAGAGAUGCAUUGCUUGGGCGUGCUGCCGGCUCCAUGGUGAAUGCUGCCCAGCAUACCGCCCCCACCUUACCCCCUUCCUCCGCCCCUGCUUCCCAGAGAUGUCCAGUUACUACUUGCUUGAAUAUUGCAAGCUGAAGCCCUGCAUUAAGGAAUGAUCAAAACAGGCUCCAGCCCUUACGAGGAGCACCAGAUUGAGACCUUUAGAGGCCCUGAGCACUGAAAAGGUGCUGCCACUACGUAAUUCAAAAUAAAAAUGGCAUGGGGGAGGACUAUAUAACUCUUGGGGUCCCUUCUAACUCUACAAUUCUUCUGGUUGUUUUGUGUGUGAGAGAGUGCUUUGCUGGUGCCUGAUUGUGCCUACACUGUUUACUAGGGAGCUGAGGUCAGUGGGCCUUACUUCUGAGUAAACAUGCAGAGCUUUGCGCUGUUAAUGUCUCCGUAGGAGGGGGAGGCCCAGGAACAACUGGACUAAAAGGGCUCUACUUUUGGGCAGCCACACUCACCCUUUUUUAAAAAGAUCAGUUCUGUUUAUGUUUACAACAUUAGUCAUUGUUCUUGCUUUCUGUUUUUCACAAAGCUUUUCAUAGACAUUGCUGCUUUGGUGGGUUAACAUUUAAAUGUCCCCCACCUUCUUUUUGUAUUAACAUUAAAAACACAAAUAUGUUUGCUUUGGAGGGGGUGGUCUGUUGUACUGGGCAGAGUGCAAGUAGGGAGGGAAAGCUUAAUUAUUAUUAUUUGUUCUUGAAGAGGCUUCAAAUUGCUCUUCUGGGUGUUCUUUUCUGCUCCUAGACUGUGCCUGAGGGCUGCCAUUCCUGUGCCUUUAGAUGCAUGCAAUGGACAGAAAUUCACCAGGUGCAUCACCUGUUGGAUUUCAGCCUGCUGUGCAAGGGAAAAGUGGCUGAGGGUUGCCACCCUUAUUCCUGGCAAAGUUCCUGUGCCUUAGAUGCAUGCAGCAGACAGAAAUUCUGCCAGUCAUGAAAGAGGAGAGGUGGGGAGAAAUAGCAAUUUUUAAAAAAAUGUUUCCUUUGAGGAUAGGGGAUGUCCCGAAACCUUAGUCUUCGCUGACAUGUGCCUUUUACUGUGUUUUGAAUAUGUUUUGGAAUAUUUUAUUGACCUCUCCUUGUUCACGUAGCCUUAACAAAUCUGUGCUUGCUGCUAGGAAAAUCCUGAAUUCCACAGAAACGAGAGAUGCCAAAAUUACAUAUUUAUUCCCUGUCCAAGAGAAACCACUUUUUAUGGAAAAGCUGUAUAAAAUGUUUUGCUACCUUAACUGAAUGAUGCUGUCUCUUGGUUUUCUGUUUUGUUUUUUUAAAUAAUAAUAAUAAUAAUACCUGUAUUGGAAAUAAAACAGCUUUAAUUCAAAACUGGAAUGACAGAACGAUAAACUCUGAAACCAACAAU